CAUUAAUUUACAUCGAUAGAUCAAUUAUUAGUUGGAAAUUAAUAAAAGAAAUGCAAUCAAGAUUAGCAGCAACCGUUUGGAGAUCAAGUACUCGACUCCUCAUUUCUGAGUCCCCAACUAGUCCACGAAAAUUUGCCUCACCACCAAUCCCAACUCGUCUCCCAGCUGAUCCUGCCAUUUAUUCUGGUGACCCUCAAGGCAAAGAGGGUGUAAAGGCUCAAUGUGAAGAGAAGAAAGAAAUAGAGCGCAAACUCCGCAAAGAAUUAAACGACCCAUAUGUCCCACCAAAACCACCACACUCACCAUCUCCAAAGCUAAAGCACACUGAGCUGAACCAACCCAUAGAUCCAACCACCCAACAAAAGCGCCGCAACACCACCACUAGCAGUGCCAACACAGGCCAGCUCCAAGACAUGAGCUGCACGGGUUUCUUCCCGUGGGUAGAGGACAGAGAGGAGCAGGGGAGGGAACAAGAGGAGGAUGACAAGGAGUACUUUAAGCACCACAAAGCAUCGCCGUUGUCGGAGAUAGAGUUGGUGGACACGAGGAAGCCGGUCAGUCGGGCCAUGGACGGGUUUGCAGAUUAUUACUACAGAGGAGAACGUGUGGUGCUGUGGAGGCCGGAGCAGCUUGACACUGCUGAGGAGGCGCUCAUGAGGGCUACUCAGAUAUGGAAGCAGAAUGCAAUGAGGGGUGAUCCGGAUUCUCCACAUGGUAGGGUUCUCAGAGCCCUUCGUGGUGAAGAUUGGUGAUAUAUAUAUAUAUAUAUAUAUAUUCUACUGAGUUUGGAGUGGGGCUUUACUGAUUUAAUUAUCGAGGGUGGUUGUAAAGUGCUCCUCGAUUCAAACAGUCCUCAAAGCUGCAUCAUUGUACCAUUCAAAAAAAAGCUGCAUCAUUGCCAUUUGGGAAGAUAUUAACUUUCUGCUUUUUCAGUUCAAAUGGGCAUCCUUGAAUUGGGUUGGUAGAAAUGCUAAUUCUGUUGCUCAUGUAUUGAGUCACUUAGAUUUAAAAGAGAAGAGUGAUAUAAUAUUUGAUCUUGCUAUUCGUGAUUCAAGAAGCAGUCUUGGUGGACUACCAAAAUAUGUAUUGUGUUUUCCUUUGAAUC